AUCAAAGAGCUUUCGCAGCAGCUAACAACCACCAGCACCACCACCACCAGCAGCACAGAAGCCGAGAGAGAGAGAGCGAGAGAAUGGGGAGGAAGAAGGGAGUGGAGUUCGAUGAAUCGCCGCCGGACGAUUACGAUCCGGAGAAUCCGUACAAGGACCCGGUGGCAUGGCUGGAGAUGAGAGAGCACAUUGUGAGGGAGAAGUGGAUCGAGAUCGAGAAGGCCAAGAUCAUCAGGGAGAAGCUCAAAUGGUGUUAUCGCAUCGAAGGCGUCAAUCACUUCCAGAAAUGCCGCCACCUCGUCCAACAGUACAUCGAUUCCACUCGCGGCAUCGGCUGGGGCAAGGACGCUCGCCCUCCUUCCCUCCACGGUCCCAAGGUUGAGAAAGUUGAGGCUGAAUGAUUUCUUAUUUUUGCUGCCAGAUUACUCUUUUGAAGGUGACUAAAAUUGGCUUGCAGAGAAAUCUCAAAGAUGGGAGUCGGGCUUACAUUUACUGGAACGGGGUUUAAUUGUUGUUAUUCUCUUUUAUUUUAUUCAGACUCUUUGUCAGUUUUUUCUUUUGUAUUGUUAUGUGCAAAGGUCAGGUAGCACUGAUUCUGGCUUUUUUGUGUUAGAUUUUCUUGCUUGAUAGCAUCCGUUAAAGGGCAGUGUUUUGGACAGUGGCCAUAAAUGAAAAUAUGUCAGAAAAAUAAAUAAAUAAAUUUCCUGUCUAGA